CCCGGGUGGGGGCGCGUCCUGGGGGAUGGGGGGCGCAGCCCUCCUGCUCCUGCUCGCGGUGGCCGCGGCCCCGAGGGAGACCCGGGCGGGCCCCCACUCCCUGAGGUUUUUCUCCACCGCGAUGUCCCGGCCCGGCCUCGGGGAGCCCCGCUUCAUCUCGGUGGGCUACGUGGACGACACGCAGGUCGGGCGGUUAGACAGCGACUCUCCGGGCCAGAGCGCGGAGCCGCUGGCGCCCUGGGCGGGGCAGGUGGAGCAGGAGAAGCAGGAGGAGUGGGAGGAGGAGACGCGGAUCCUAAGGGACAGCGCACAGUGGUUCCGAGCGCAGCUGGACUCCCUGCGCGGCCUCUACAACCAGAGCGAGACCGGCUCUCACACCUUCCAGAACAUGUACGGCUGCGACAUGGGGCCCGACGGGCGCCUCCUCGGCUGGUAUGAGCAGUUCGCCUACGAUGGCACCGAUUUCCUGGCCCUAAACCCGGACCUGCGCUCCUGGACUGCAGCGGACACGGCCGCUCAGAUCACCCUGCGCGAGUGGGAGGCCCGGGGUGAGGCAGAGAGAUUCAGGAACUUUGUGGAGGGCAGGUGCUUGAGGUGGCUGCGCACAUGCCUGGAGUACGGGAAGGAGACUCUGCAGCGCACGGAUCCCCCAAAGACACGCAUGACCCACCACCCCUACAAUGACCAUGAGGUCACCCUGAGGUGCUGGGCACUGGGCUUCUACCCUGCGGAUAUCACCCUAACCUGGCAGCGAGAUGGGGAGGACCUGACCCAGGAGAUGGAGCUGGUGGAGACCAGGCCUGGGGGAGAUGGAACCUUCCAGAAGUGGGUGGCUGUGGUGGUGCCUUCUGGAGAGGAGCAGAGAUACACAUGCCACGUGCAGCAUGAGGGACUGCUGGAGCCCCAAGUCCUGAGAUGGGUGCCCCCUCAGUCCUUCAUGCCCACCGCAGGCAUCAUUGCUGGCCUGGUUCUCCUUGGAGCUGUUCUCACUGGAGCUGCAGUGGCUGCAGCUGUGAUGUGGAGGAAGAAACCCUCAGGAGGACAAGGAGGAAUCUACACUCAAGCUGCAGGUGUGUUUUGUUCUCAACCCGGCAGCAGCAGUGCCCAGGGCUCUGAUGUGUCUCUCAGCCCCUAAGAAUCUUUUACAAUGAACCUGAUGAGAUUCCUGUUCUGCACACCCUGGACAGCACCUGGUAUUGUUCAGCAUUUGCAUUUUCAGUCUCUCCUAGGUGUGAUGGUAUCACUGUUGUUCUUAACUAUGAUAUUGAGCAUCUGUUCAUAUUUUUACUUUUCUAUGACUAAAGUUGCUGUUUGUAAGGAAAUUUUGUACAUUUUUACAGAUGAGGUGCCAUUCAUUUAUUACAUUAUUUUUGUCCUUAUUAAAAUUGGGUUAUUUCUUUCUGAUCAGUGAGUUUUAGGCAUUAUUUGUAGAUACAGUCCUUUAUCAGAUUUGUGAUUUGCAAAUGUUUCCCCCCACUCUCUGACCUGAAAUCCUUUACUGAUGGGAAAACAAACACUAUUGCCCAGACAGGCGCAUGGAGAUAUAUUAGAAGAGAAAAGAUAAAUUGCUAACUGGUUUUGAGCAGACAUUGGCUGACUGGGGUCUUGGGGAUGGAGGGGAAUGACUUAUGUUUAUCCUUGAGUGUUGUUUAAAUGUCCUUGUAUGAGCAUGAAAUAUGCUUUCUAAAGUAAAUUACACUUUAUUCCUCAAUUUAUAAAACUCUUCAUACAUCAUGUCUAAAUCACAUGUUAAGACCAGACUGACACGUUAAUUACAAGUGAUGGACCUGCAUGUCACAGUCACAAAGUCAUGAUUUCUCUCAGGGUUCACUCUGGUGUUGUCCAUUCUCAGGGUGUUGGACAAAUGUAUAAUGACCUGUGUCCACCAUGAGAAUAUCAUGCAGAGUAUUUUCACUGCCCAUAAUGCCUUCUGUGCUCCAAGGAAGCAAAAGCAAAAAGAAACCAAUAGAAUCACAUCAGACUAAAAAGCUUCCACAUAGUGAAGGAAACUAGCAUUAAAAUGACAGGACAAUAUCAAAUCGGAGAAACUAUUUGCACAUCAUCAAUCCAACAAGGAGUUAAUAUCCAAAAUCUACAAAGAACUCCAAAACAAGAAACAACUCAAAACGGGCAGAGGAGCUAAAUAGGUACUUUUUCUAAAGAAGACACACAUGUGGCCAAUAGGUACAUGGAUAAAUGCUGGUCAUGUGCGGUCAGGAAAAUGCCAAUUGAAACCAUAAUGAGUUACCACCUCACACUGUGAGAAUGGCCCAUUGAAGGGUGUGGAAGAAAAGGAACUCUGGCACAUGGUGGGUGGGAAUGAUGUCUGAUCCUGUUAGUGGGCAGAAUGAGGGGUUCCCUGGACCCUGAAAACCGCACACUCUAUAUGGGAUCUGCCAACAGCUGUAUAAAGACAAAACAUACUCUAAAGCAUAAGACCUUCAAUGGAAAAGAACUUUAAUAUAAUUACUAUAAAAUAGAGAAUCAGUGCAGUAGAGAGAGAGAAGAGAAAGAAUAUAGUUAGAAUAGUUCCCAAGUGAAGCACCCAAAGUUACCCGUCCCCUCAUGGGUAAAUGCCCAGCCAAACAGGCUUGGCACAAAGCAGGCCCACUGGGGCCCAAAGGCCUGCCACAAGGCUAAGGCACCUACUGGUAGAGACCCAUGGGAAAGGGUCAGCCUCCCGAUGGGUCUCUCAUUCACGUUUUUGUCUUUCACGUGUCUCUUUCCAAGUCCCCAGCUCCCUGGCACAAGUCCAAGUGAGAAGCAAGUGUGGUUUCUUCUUCACCUGUCUCUCUGCUCCAUGCGCCUCCUCCAGUCCUUUCCUCAUCUCACUCCACGUCUUCCUCCUCUUCCUUAGCUUCUCGUCCCUGCUCAGCCCCACCUUUCCUUGGGCAGGGCGGUAACCUGGAACCUCUCUUUUCUAUGGAUAGCACAUUGGUCCUGACCCUAUAGAAAAAAAAAAAAAUGAAGGUUCCUCAAAAUAGACCUGUCACAUGGUCAAGCAUCCCAUUCCUUGGUAUUUAUCCAAAGAAGGUAAAAACACUAAUUCCAAGGAAUAUGUGCCUCCUAUGGUCACUGCAGUGCUGUCUACCAUAACCAAGCGAUGAAGACAACCUUAGUGCCCAACGGCAAAUGAGGGGAUAAAGAACACAAGCUAUAUACACAAUGGAAUACUACUCGGCUGUGAAAAAGAUGAAAUAAUGGAUUUGCAACAACAUGGAUAGAUAUGAAUGGGAUUGUGCUAAAUGAAAUAAGUUUGAAGGGGAAAGUUAAGUACUGGAUGAUUUCAUAUUUGUAAUAUAAAGAAACAAAGCAGGGACAGAUGAAACUAAACCAAAACAUACUCUAUAUAUAUGACUACAGAAUGGAAGUUAUGGGCUGGGGGUAAGAGUAGGAAACAAAGUAGGAAGAGGGCCCAAUGGGCUAUGGUUAAGACUGUGGGUGCCGUUAGUGUGGGUGUGAUGUGGUAACAAACAUCUGAAGAGGUGUGACCCUCGCCUCAACACAUGCAGUGUGUAAACCAAUGCUGACCUCAAUUGAAUAAUACCGUGAAGGUAAAAAGAAAUUGUCUCCUCCAUCAGUCACUGACCUCAGGACUUUGCCUUUACCUCCUCACUGUCAAGCAGGCUGAGGGGCUGGUUUCCCUCAAGGUCAGAGGCAGGAGGUGCAGGGACUCCUGGGGCUGCUCAAACACUGCUGAGUAGAGACACUACAGAGAGGGCGGCUGUGAGGGGAACCAGAGACAGAGGGUCAGAGUAACCCCAGUGCUGAGUGAGGGUCUAGUUCCCAAGGAGAGGGGAGUAUGUAUGUGGGUGUGUGUGUGUGUGUAAGAGGAAUGGCAGGAUAAGAUGAUGGGAAAUCAAAUAACAUCCAGCCCCAGAAUAAAUUAAUUCAAAUCGCACACAGAGUAAAGUGUGUCAGAACAACACCUCUGUAAAUACAGGUCCAUGCAGAAGUAGCUUCUGAGCAGGACUAAAAAAGCAUUGGACCUGAAGAAGAGGAGGAGGUUUAGAAAUAUCUCAUGGUUGCCUUGAGAUGUAAAGAGCUGGGCAGGACCCCUCCCCCCAGCCUGGCCCCUGCUAGGAUGUGGUGGCAUCUUCACCCCUGACAGCUCCCUCCCCCAACCCCAAUGUUCAUCUCCUUUGGAGUCAUCUGUAUAUGUACAUAUAUGUACACGUGUAAUGCCAGCUUCUUCUUAAUUUCCCACCUGUCUGGGGCAUUCAGGUGGUUCCCAUAGCUUGGCUACUGUAAAUAGUGCUGCAGUGGUGACAGGAGUGCAGGUCCCUUCACAGGAGAGUAUUUAUCCUCUGUGAGUAGAUCCUCAGUGUAGAAUUGCUGGGUCCAAUGGCAGAACCACAUUCACUCUUUAAGAAACCUCCGUACUGUUUCCAUAAGGGCUGGCUCCGUCUUUAUCCAAAAACAGUGCACGACUGUCCCCUUUUUUCAUCCUUGCCAGCACUUGUUGUUUCUGGUCUUUUGGAUAUGGGCCGUUCUUGCAGGUGUGAAGGUUUAAACCAGGGGAUCAUAAAGCCACACAAUAUGGGCGAAAAGAAAUCCUGUAACACUCAGGCCUACGGAAGGCUGUCUAAUACCCUGAAAGAAAAUAAUGAUGAAGAAAUUCAGGUGAAUUACCUCAGUGUUAACAAUAUCAAUGGUCCAUUGCAUUCUCAGGAUGUCCUCCUGAAAGCAUCCCCAUAAUCUUGUCCCAGCCACUGUGCCACAAACCCCAGCCCCCCAGCAGUCUUCGAGGGUCUCACCUUUAAGGUCUGAGAUACACUUCAGAGCACUGGGACUAUGGCUGGUGGGGGAGAACACAUCAAAACUUGGUCAGAGAUGAGACCACAGAAGGAACUGAUGAGAGUGACUCCCCCAUGGGCUCCAUCUACACUGUCCCCAGGGGCUCAAGGAUCCAACCCUUGAACACACUUACUUGCAGCCUGAGUGUAGCUUCCUCCUUGUCCUCCUGUGGGAAGAAGUAUCAUGCGAGACCAGGGAGGAGUCAGGUCAGAAGGCUAAAGGAAUCAUCUAAUCCUGCACCACAGGGAAGUUUCCAGAACUGUGAGUAAAGACCCAGGUCAGGACUGGGAAAAAUGAAGAAAGGAGAUGAGAGGGGACUGAACCAAAUACCCUCUGGGCAACACACGUGUGUGGAUGGUACUUCCCAUUAACCAGGCAGGGCAAGUUCUCCCUGGGACAUGAAAGCCCCCAGUGGACAAGAUCUCCCCACUCCCUUCCCUACCUGAGAACUUCUUUUACCC